AUGGACUAUUGUUUUAACUCUUUGGAUGAUAUUACCCUCUGCAAGCUUAUUAUGAUUUGUUUACGUAUCUGGGAAGCUCGAAAUGAUAAGGUCUGGAACCAUCAUGUCACUUCUGCUGCUGCAGUGGUUGAUCAAGCCAACAUCUUCUUUCAGGAAUGGUCCAAUAUUAACUCUGAUAUUCAGGAUUCUACUACUGUAGUUGCUCACCCCACAAAAUGGACAAAACCCCCUCCUGAUUAUUUAAAGGUAAAUGUCGAUGCAGCUCUGGAUAGUAUCAACAUGCAAAUGGGGCUUGGUAUCGUUAUUAGGGACUCCAUGGGGGAGUUUGUUGCUGCUAGAAUGAUCCCUUGGACUGGCAGGGUGCAGCUGGAAUCAGAUUGCUUGCAACUUAUCACUGCUAUCCAAAACAACGAUCUUAUUUCCUCUUUUGGUCUUUUGGUUAAUGAUAUUAAGGAUGCAGUUGGAGAAUUUAUUGAUCUCAACUUUUCGUUUGUCAAACGGUCUGCGCAUAUGGUAGCCCACACUUUAGCUAGGAAUGCCAUUUCUAGGUUAGAUUGUUCGGACUGUUUUACGGUCCCUUUUCCUUUUUUAUCUCAUGUUCUGAACUCUAAUCGUUUUUAA